AUGAUUUUAACAGGCUCUUCAAAUCCCUCCCGCAGACCAGGCGAUACUAAGCUGCGGGCGUGCCUGUGGCUUUCUAGAGUACCAAAACAGGUGGUGGACAAAAACAGUUCAGCAUGGAACAAAGGACGAAUCCAUUACUCAAACUCCACUGAUGAAGUGGCAAGGGCUUACGAAGCACAGCAUGCUGAGGACAUGGAGUGCUUUCUGAAUGCCAGGGCACAAGAGAUUGCAGACGGAGGAAUGAUGGUUCUUGUCAUUCCAGGCCGGCCCAAUACUCUCCCUCAUUCUAAUUCUUUGGUAAACGUGUCCUUUCAACUUAUAGGGUCUUGUCUCAUGGACAUGGCUAGGAAGAAACUGGAAGCUGCUGUAGAAAGAAAUGAACAUUUUAGUUUAGACAAGUUGGAAACAAUACCUCGCACUCUGGUAUCUUCCACUGUCUCUCCAAUCCAACUCGUUGUAUCUCACAUGAGAGCUGGCUCUGAGGGAAUGAUCAAGCAGCAAUUCGGAGAAGAAAUCUUAGAUGAGCUCUUUGACUUGUAUCUCAAGAAACUUGAAGAGCAAUCCUCCAUCAUUGCGUCAGGGACUGAAACUGCAAUUACCUUUCUUGCCGUGCUGAAGCGCAAGUAA